GUAACAAUAAACGACGUCAACUGCCUUAUAGGAUUACAAAAAAACAGUGUGACACUUUUCCGCGAGUGAGGAAAAACAGGUUGCCGCCAUAUAGCCUCUAGGGCCUCGUUCAGCAGUGCAGUUCCACCUGGCCCACCUGCUCGCCUGGAUCGGACCAGAUCACCUGGUUGGUCAUGCUGCCCUCGUGUCCCAAAUACACUUAAAAACGACAGGAAAAAAAUACACAAAAAAACGCAAAACAAAAAAUACAAAACAAUAAUAAAAACAUUUAAGAGUUGACAUUGCCAAGAACGUAAUAAAGGAAAGGUGGACAAACCUAUAAAGGAGUGGAAGCAGGAGGAGGCGCCGCUGGAGGGCAGUGAUCCAGGAUGUCGGACAUUUACUACUGCAGCAAUAGCCAGAUGAAAAAAACACGCGACUCAGAUAAAUCAUCCGCCCCGUUGGCUGUCACAAAUUUAAAUGCUAAUUCGAACCCGCACUCCAAUUUAAAUUCGAGUUCGAAUUCGAACGGGAUCGCUGCCAAUAUGGCGGCGGCCGAUAAAAAGAACAACAACAGCAACUGCAGCAAUCGCAACAAAGACAAGAGCAUGCAAACAAACGGCGGCGGCGGCGGCGGGAAAAACUGGAAGGGCAUUGUCCAGACUAAUCCCAGUGGAGGUGGAGGUGGAGGCAGUGGAGCUAUGGGUGUGGGCACCACAUCCCAACCGCCCAAGGUGUUCCACAACACCAGAUGCACACGUCACCACAAACCGCAUCACAAUCAUGGCAACGGAACGCCGCUUUCUUCCGCCGCCACCAAUGGAGGAGCAACUGAAGCACUGGACACCGCGCAGCUAAGAGAUCGGGAUAGGGAAAGGGACAGGGACCGGGAUCGAGAGAGGGAAAGGGAGAGGGAUCGAGAGCGAGAGAGGGAAAGGGAACGAGAACGGGAGAGGGAACGGGAACACCACCUACACAUACACAGUCACAACCAUGGUUUGAGGAGAAAGUCGGAAUCGGUUCUAUCCACCGAUUCGGAUAUCCGUUUCACCCGCCGAAAGCUGGGCGAUGGCCAGAAAUGUGGUUGCGCCGUAAUUGCUGGAUUCCUUAUUGCCCUUUUGGUGGCCGGAGCCUUUGUCUAUGUGGGAUAUACUUACUUCCGACCGGAACCGUUGCCGGAUCGCGUUUUUCGUGGACGCUUUAUGGUGCUGAACGACAAGUGGAGCAUGGAGCUGGCCAACCAGAAUUCGCAGAGAUUUCAACAAAAGUCCAGGGAUUACCGGGAGCGAAUCAAUCUCACACUGAGGCGUUCCGAUCUGAGGGAAGCCUACGAAGGUAGCGAGAUAUUGGCCCUAGAUGGCAGCGAGGAUAAUAACAACAUAAUUGUGCACUUUAAUAUGAUCUUUGAUCCCUAUGCCGGCCUGGUUAGCAGCGGUGAUCUUUUGGCUUUGUUCCAUGAGGAGAUGAGCCAACCGGCCCAGCAGCGUCGUCAUUUUGCCAAUAUGACAGUGGAUGUGGCCAGUUUAACCAUUAAGGAGACAACGGGUCUCAUUGAGGAGCCAGUUAUGUCCAGUUCACCGCUGGGGGGACAUGAUGAGGCCACUGAACCGGUGGUGACCACCACACCGGCUCCACCGCGUCGCUGCUCCCAGCUGGAGUUAAGCUAUUGCCACCAAGUGGGUUAUAAUAUAACCACAUAUCCGAAUCUCUUGGGUCAUGCCAGCUAUGAACAGUUGGCGGAGGAUGUCAUAGUCUUCCGGGAACUGGUGGAUGGUGAAUGUCAUCGGGAGGCCUAUGAUUUUGUGUGUCGGUUACUCCAGCCACCCUGCGAUACCCAUGGCUCCAAUUUACAGCCCACUCCUGGACAGAUAUGCCGUGAGUACUGCGAGUCCUUUAUGGCUGGGUGUGGGAGUAGGUUACCCCAGCGAUUCCGUCACUAUUUCGACUGUGAACGUUUCCCGGAGUCCACGGGCACCCAGUCGUGUCACCAGAAGCCCCAUUGCGUCAGUGAUAUGCAGACCAAUGUCCAGAGUCCAAGGCUCUGUGAUGGCUAUGCCGAUUGUCCGGAUUUAUCCGAUGAGAGGAGCUGCGCCUUUUGCUCACCCAAUGCCCUGUAUUGUGGCCGAGGAAGGGCAUGUGUGCCACGGAAGGCUAGAUGCGAUGGCAAGGCAGAUUGUCCUGAUGGAGCUGAUGAAAAGGAUUGUCUUUCCAUUGCUCCCUUGGCCUCUGAUCUGUUCCAGCCGGAACCCUUGGUUCCCUAUCUGUCCAGAUUCCAUUCCGCCGGCUAUGCGGUCUUCUCCGAAAAGGGUGUGGUGGGCAAACUGUGUGCCGAGGGACUUGAGGGUGAUGCCAAGCUGGUGGUCCGCCAAACCGUGUCCGAAUCCCUGUGCAAGUCACUGGGUUACGAAUCCGUGGAAAUAUUUGAUGUGCAGAAUGACACAGAGCUGCUGUCCGACUAUGUCCGCGUCCUGGAUCCCCAUGCUCCGGAGAUUAGCUUCAUAAGGACCCAUUGUCCGCGACGCCAAGUGCUCUAUGUGGGUUGUGGCGAACUGAGAUGUGGUGUCCAGUCGGCGCUCUUUAAUGCCAAGCAGCAUUUGUCCCUGCCAAAGAUGUCCGCUCCCGGGGAUUGGCCCUGGCUGGUGGCCCUCUUCCGUGAGGAUAUACAUGUGUGCGAUGGUACACUAAUCUCUCAGGAUUGGGUCCUCACCACCGAGGGCUGUUUCCAGGGACAGCCGCGUGCCACCUGGAUGGCCAUUGUGGGCGCUGUGCGGUUAUCCGCGAAGGCUCCAUGGACACAAAGGCGACGGAUCAUUGGCAUGAUCAAGAGUCCGGUGGAGGGCAGUACCGCGGCCUUGGUGCGCCUGGAAACGGCGGUCAGCUACUCGGAUCAUGUGCGUCCCAUUUGCUUGCCGGAUGCACUGCAGCGCCGUUUGCUUCAACAGCCGCCGGCUCAGAGGAGAUCGCAUGCUCCGGUGGCCGAGAGAUUGGAGGGGCAACUGGUACCCAGGAGUCCACUGGCUCAGGAGAAUCAACAGUUCUUCUUGAUACCAUCCAAGGAGCAGAUGGAAAGCUCUACGGAUGGUAGCCUAGCAGAGGAUGACCAGCAGGCGGAUCACUUUGGAGCCGAAGCAGCUGCCUCAUAUAUGCCCAAGGCUGAGGCUCUGCAUCGCGAACUGGAGGCCUAUCCCCUGCCGGAUCAUGCCCCGCAGGUGAAUUACUAUGGUGGAUCGGGAUCCACAUCAUCCUCGGCCUCGGCCUCGGCCUCUCCCCGGACAGCAACAAAACCACCAGCUUCCGUUUCCCAAUCCGCAAUCCCAGUUGCUCCAGAGCAAAUCUGGACAAACUGCAAUACCCUGGGCUGGUCCCGGCAGCGAGAUCAUUUGCAGCGUGUCCAGCUCAAGAUUGGGGAUAUGGCUCCAUGCGAGAAUGUGUCCAUCGCCACCGUCAACUCCAUGUGCAUGGAGGCCACCUAUCAGAAAUAUGAUUGCACGCAAGAGGAGUACUCUGGGGCACCAGUGCAAUGCUUAAUACCCGGUACCAACCAGUGGGCCCUAAUUGGGGUCUCCUCCUGGCGGAUAGCCUGUGGACCCACUGGUGUGGAGCGGCCCAGGAUGUAUGAUAAGAUCGCCUCGAACGCCGCCUGGAUUCGGGAGACCAUCAAUGCUGUUUAGUCCUCAAUAACAACCUGCAUUUGUACAGAAUCGAACGGAAUCGAAUCGAACCGAACGUUACGGUAUUAUGUGUGUGUGUAGAAUCGAUACUAUAUACUAUCCCGCUCUAAUGUUAACCGAACCCCCCAACCUAACCCCAAUCUAACCGUUAAGCUUGAUAUAUAUAUAUAUAUAUUUUUUUUUUUGCUGUUUUGUGUAAUAUUUAUUAACUAUGUUGUAAUUGUGUAUGUUAAGCAUGUCGAAAAGGAAGCCAAUUUAGUUGCUAGUAUUUACGUUUAGCUGUUUUGUAGUAAGAUAUUGUUGAAUAAAAUGAAAUCGCCUAAAA